AUGACUUUAGUUCGCCUGAGACGGGGAAUUUUAAAGGAAGACCUUGCAUUCAGAAUGAAAGUGUCCCAAUCAACAAUUAGUAGAAUUGUGAUCACAUGGAUUUCUUUCCUGUCAAGAGAGCUGUCACCUCCUAUCAACUGGCCAACAGGGGAAGAAAACAAAUCAUACUAUCCUGAGUGAUCUAAGAGCUACCCAAAUGUUAAAGCAUUCAUAGAUUGCACAGAAGUAUACAUUCAACAUCCAUCCGUGGCUGAAGGUCAGGCCUUGACAUAUUCUAACUACAAGAGCACCAACACAUGGAAAACGCUAGUAAGACAGUCGUGCUGACAACAAGAUAAGACACUAGUUAUAGCUGACCAUGCAUGCCUUUAUGCCUGCUGAUAAAGUAAAUAGAAAGUCAAUUGAAGUCUGUGCAAUAAAUGUGUCAUAAUCAAUAAUCAACCAACAACAUGACAUGCAAAUGUAUGUAUACUGGGGUGCAAUUUCACCCUCUGUACAUUAUGUCUUACACUCAUUAUCAUAUACUACCACGCACCAGAACAAUGGAAGAUAUUAAAUUGCACAAGGGGUAAAAUUAAACCUUGAGAUCUAUUUACUCACUAACUUAACAUACUUACUUGCUGACUUUUCUUAUUUGGGGUAGCAAUGCUGGGUGACUCUUUGAAAUUGAUAGGUGAGCUGCACACUAGCAGGAACAGUAUCUUUUAUUUCCCCUGGACAAGGACUAGCAUCUGAUAGGAAAAUAGUGGAAAACUGUGGAAUCCUUGAUAAAUUUGAUGACAAGGAUAUUUGCAUGGCAGAUUGA